AUGGCGAUCCUCCUCCUCCUCGCCGCGCUCACCGCAUCCCACAUUGCGUCCUCUCUCGCCGACUGCCAGUUCAGCGGCUACCUCCCGGGCAGGUCCGGCGCCUGCGACCAGACCAACAGCCCGGACUGCUGCGUGGACGGGCAGCAGUACCAACGGUUCCUCUGCUCGCCGCCGGUGACCGCCCCCGCGACAUGGGCCGCCCUCACCGUCAACAGCUUCAGGGAGGGCGGGGACGGCGGGUUCCCGUCGGAGUGCGACAUGGCGUACCACGACGACUCGGAGAUGGUUGUCGCGCUCUCCACCGGCUGGUACAACGGCAUGUCGCGCUGCGGCCGGAGCGUCAAGAUCACCGCCAGAGGCGGCGCCUUCGUGUACGCCACGGUGGUGGACGAGUGCGACUCCGUCAAUGGCUGCGACGCUGAGCACAACUUCGAGCAGCCGUGUGGCAAUAACGUGGUCGACGCCUCGCCGGCGGUGUGGUUCGCCCUGGGUCUCGACAAGGAUGUUGGUCUAGAGGCCGUCACCUGGUCUGACGCGUAA